AUGUCGGACGUCAACGCACUCGUGUUCCAGCCGCUGAACCAGUUCUUCAAGAACUCGCUGCACCUGAUUAAGAAGUGCAACAAGCCCGACCGGAAAGAAUUCGCCCGUAUCGCUGGCGCCACGUCCGUGGGUUUCCUCAUGAUGGGCUUCAUUGGAUUCUUCGUGAAGCUCGUGCACAUCCCUAUCAACAACAUUCUCGUGGGUGGCAGUGCUUAG